CAAAGACGAACACGGCGUCUUCUCUACGCAGCGGAGGCGAACGCGCGCGUGGCCAGCCUGUUCCACGUUCUUCCGCCAUUAUAAAGCGCCGUGGCGGCGUACCCGCUAUUCCCCGGUGAGAGAGGCUGAACGUUACGCGACGCUUACCGACGCUCGGCGUCGCCGAGCGAGUGAGCGAGCGAGCCAAGCGAGCGGGCGAGCGAGCAACUAACGAGUGAGUCGUGAACUCGUAAGUGGCAGUCGCGCGAGUUGUCCGCGAAUUUCACUCGGGUCUCCGGUGGUCGGGCGGCGAGAAGUUGCUUGCGCGUAGCCAGCAGUUAGUCGCGCGCGAUUGCCGAGCGCGUUCGUGCGAGCGGGCCGAGGAGUGAAUUGGAACACGCUACCGCAGCGGAAGAGAAGGAGGAAGGAGGAGGAAGAGGAUAAGUGGACGAAGAAACGCCGGCAGAAACAUGGAGAAUAGGCCGGCGCCGCUGCGCUCGCGGCGCGUCUGCCGAUUCUGCUUGUCGGACUCUGAGCCGCUGAGCUUCAUCUACGAGCGCGACCACAAUAAGCCGUUCCAGGUGCCGCUCGCGUUGCAGAUCAUGUCCUGCGUCGCCAUCGAGGUGUACGCCGCGGACGGAAUGCCGCAGAUGAUCUGCAACAUGUGCCGCUGGAAUCUGGACCGAUCUUACAAAUUCAAGCUGCAAUGCAAGAAGGCCGACGAAGCGCUGAGGGACUAUCCCCUGUCUGGAGUGCUGCCGAGACCCUUCCCGCCCAUCCCCAACGAUCCACCGUCGGAGAUUGGCAGCAAGAGACCCGCCGAGGCGAGACAGCAGAAUGAGGUCUCUAAGAAGCAACGCACCACUGAUAACGACAGCAGAGAUAACAGACGUGAGACGAGAGAACGGGAGAGAGAAAGAGAGCGACAAAAUGAAAAGCAGGCCAGCGAUCAGCAUCUUUACGAGGAGGAGCAGGACGGAGGCAGCGAGGGUGAGCAGGAAGUGAGCAACCUUAAGGAGGAGAGGAAAUUGGAACCGGGAGAGAUCAGAGUGCACGCAUGCGAUCAGUGCGACCGCACGUUUCCUUUGCGUCAGGCUCUGGUGUUGCACGUUCAGCGCGCCCAUCGCGAUCGCAAUUACAAGUGCACCGAGUGCGAGCGACACUUCUUCACCAAAUACGACUUGAGCAAGCACAUGAGUACGCAUUCGGAUGAGAAGCCGUUUUCGUGCACGAUCUGCCAGAAGCAAUUCUCGCGGGUGAACCUGCUGCAACGCCACGAGAAGGUACACAGGGACGAGGCGCGCUAUGCUUGCCAGCAUUGCGACCGUGAGUUCUUUACCACGGAAGAGCUGGAGAAGCACGAGGACUCCGCGCACAAGAAGGAUAAGCCGUUCCAGUGCAACAUCUGCAACAAGCGCUUCCAAUACAAGCAGGGUUUGGAACGGCACGAGAUUCUGCAUAACGAGGACAAAACGUUCGUGUGCGACUACUGUAAGGAGGCCUUCCACACCAGCACGAAGCUGGCCCGGCAUCUAUCUACCCACGCUGGUCAUCGACCAUACAUGUGUAAAUUGUGCCCGCGCACGUUCCUACUGUCGCACCAUUUGACCAGACACAUGCGCACCCACUCGGUGGAGAAGCGCCACGUGUGCGAGGACUGCGGCAAGGCGUUCAAACGCAAGGAGAGCCUAGAGGUGCACCAGUUGACGCAUACGAAGCGGACGGGGAUGGGCCUUACCUGCGACGUUUGUCAAGAAUCCUGUCGCAAUCGCGCCGAUUAUGUCACCCACAUCAAGCAGCAUAUCGAGGCGGGUGAGAAAAUGGGCCCGGACGGCUUACAACCCGACACUAAGAAGAACGUCGAACUGGAUUCCGAUGAGGAGGAAGAGGAGGAAGAUCAGUAUUCUGACGGGGACGAUGACUACGAGCCGCCGGCGUACAUUGUGAAGAAAUUACCGAAGCCACCGAAGCCCUCGGAGAGCGAGGAGGAGGAGGAGGAAGAAGACAAAGACGUCAAGGAGGACAAAGCUGAGAAACAAGAAAAGGAAGAACGCAAGGUGGUAUACGUGCGUGGCAAAGAUGGUAACAUGUUGAAGAAGACCAUUAAGACGCUCAUGCCUAUCCAGCGUCGCGACGUUCAAGAGCAGAAGGUUACGAGACAAACCGCCGCGUCUCAGAGCAGUUCGAAAGGCUCCGCCACACCGAUUAAGUCAGAGGAGAAUUCCAAAAGUAGCGUCCGUGUGGACGACACGGAAGCGCAGGUGCAGAAGAUCGUCGCGUCGGUGUUUAAGGAGCACAAGAUCCCGCUGAAGCACCAGACGAACGCCGGCCAAGAUCAGUCUAAGGAUACGGUGGCACCUGUGACGAGAUCACAGAGCGCUUCCCAGGAACCUCAGAAGGACAACGACAAGGCGGAGACCUCGGCAGCUACUCCGAAGGCUGUCAACACCGUCAAAGUGAUUAAAAGAAUUGUGCUGAGAAAAUCGGCAGGAGGCAGCAACGAAGGAACGACAGUCAGUAACCCCGUUAUCAAGGACGGGGAUACCACUUUGAGCGCCACUCCCGGCUCGCAUAAGGUCAAGCGAGUGAUUGUUCGUAGAAUUAUUCGUCAGGGUGACACCACCCGUGAAGUAAUCAUGAAUCCGGACGGCACCACGAUAGAUCCCGCGGAGCUGGCGAAACUGCCAACCGGCAAUGUGGUGAAGCGAGUGGUGGUGAAGCGGUCGCUCGACAAGAACACUCAGAACGUGGUACAGGCGGUGCUGCAGUCCACGGAACAGCGUCCGAAAGCAGCGGACGCUGUUUUGAACGAGAAAUUCGAGCUGAAGACCUCGGCGUCGUCCAGUGAUGGCACGCCGAAGAACGCCCCGGCCGCUCCGCAAAAGAUACAACUCGCUCAGGGGCAGGAUCAGGUAACCAAGGAGAAGCUGGAGCAGUUAGAGAAGCGAGUGGAGCAACAGAGGCUGAAGAUCGAGGAGCUGCAAGCGAGGAAAGCGCAGCAGGACUACGAGGCGAUCGACGAGAUGCUGCCGGAGCGACAUGAUGAGUCCGAGGAUGAACAGCAGCUACCGCUCAAGAGAGUGUUCGUCAAACGGAAACAGAGCAUAUACGACGAGGAACGGGAAUACAAUGACGACACGGAAACGACGCUGGAGAAGAGUAACCCGAUCCAAGAGGAAAAGGACGAGGCCGAGCAAGUUAUGGUGAAGGAGGAGCAGAAUCCUGUCGCGGAGGAGACGUUGGAAAAUGUGACAAAAGAGAUCCAGAACCCGCUGAAGACGACGAUGAGUGGCAGCAGUAGCACUACAUCAAGCACCACACCAGCUCCGAAAAAGAGCUCGAUAAUCUCCAGCAACAAGGUGUAUUCGAACAAGCGAUACAUGAUCGUGAAGCCUAGCGAUACAUCGGAGGUGGAGGAAAUGAGUCGCGAGUUGUGCAGCAUUUUUGAGACUACCGAUAACGUGGUGAAGAUGCAGGAGACGGUCCUGAGUAAUCUCUCACAAAUCUCCGGCAUCGCAGCAACGUCAGACGUGGACGCAUCCGUGAAACAGAAGACCGACUCGACGAUAAAAGACGAUCAGGCAGAUCAGGACGGCUUAAUGCAGAUGAACGAGCAGAACGUUAAAGAGGAGACGGCCAUGGAGGUUGAGGUCGUGCAGGAGACAGAGCUCAAACUGGACGCCGAAAUGGACGAGUCUUCGCAGGUAAUCAUUGGACAGGAGGAGGGUCAGCCUGACGCCAGUACUAUUGCGCUGGACAAUCAGGACCUCUCCGAGACCGCUUCGAUUUUUGAAACGUCAGACGACGUGCUGGAGGUGCGGAAAUCGACGACCGCUAAUCUGAGCGAAUCCGUCAUUGAAUUGUCGCAGACUAACGACACGAUCAAUCUGAACGACACUAACGACAGCCAGGACAGCUUGGAGGACAAACUCUCGCAGAUGGAGGGUUGAAGGACGUUUUUUAUUUUUGCCCGGCCAAGAUGCUGCAUCAAGUAAAAAUCAUGCUCUCACUGUAAGAUUCCUGACGUCUCUCGCACGAUUGGUAAUUAAUUUUUAUAUUUGGUAUUAAACUUAAUCGCUGUUUAGUUUAGUUGACGUCAAUACUAACGUUCCGGCAGUGGACCGCAUUAUUGAUACCACCCACUCGAGAUCGGUUUCAAAGAAAAUGAUUCAAAACGUUGCAACUGUAAAUCAAAUAAAAAACUUGCAUCUUUAAAA